UUGUAUUACUACUGAAGUUUGAAGUAAAAACUAAGUGUUUUCCUCUUCUAAAUUUUCAGAUAGACCUGUUUGCUUUUUUCCUUAUAAAAUAUGGUCGAAGUAAAACUGUCGAACUAAUCAAGUCUACGGGUUCAGUUCAACGCCCACCCAUAGCUCAACGUUACCGCAGCAGAGUGGGUGAUGUGUAGCAUGUAGGUUUGGCAUCACAAGCAGCCUGCCCAGCAACAUUCACCACGGCGGGGGAAAUCAGACCCAUUGUGUGCAGGGUGGUUAUCUACCUACAGCGGGACAUGUCAGGAGAGAGCUGCCUGCACCAGCUUCAACCGCAAACUGGGCCAAUUGUGUCAGUCUCUUCAGUGGCCUGCCCCAAGACUAACACUUGCACCUACCGCGGUGUCACCGGCAACAAGUAUGUACAGCUCAAUGUUGGUGGAAAUCUUUACUAUUCCACACUGCAAGUGCUCACCCGACAGGACACCCUGCUGAGAUCCAUGUUUAGCGGCAAAAAGGAAGUGCUCACUGAUAAGGAAGGUUGGAUCCUAAUAGAUCGCUGUGGGAAACACUUCGGUUUGAUUCUCAGCUAUCUCCGAGAUGGAUUUGUGACUUUGCCCAAGAGCAGACAGGGUAUCAUGGAGCUCCUAGCAGAAGCCAAGUAUUACCUGAUCCAGGGCUUGAUAGAUUUGUGCCAGGAGGCCCUGCAGGAUAAUGAAGAAAAGGCUCUGUGUGUUAUCCCAUUCAUAACAUCUCCUAAAGAGGAGGAGAGACUGAUACAAGGCUGCGUAAGGCCUGUUGUGAAACUACUUUACAACCGAGGUAACAACAAAUAUUCCUAUACAAGCAACUCGGAUGACAACCUACUCAAGAAUAUCGAGUUGUUUGAGAAGCUGUCCCUGAGCUACAGCGGUCGUGUACUCUUCAUUAAAGAUGUCAUUGGAGACGAGAUCUGCUGCUGGUCCUUUUACGGACAGAAGCGUAAACUAGCAGAAGUCUGCUGCACAUCCAUUGUUUAUGCUACUGAGAAGAAGCAGAUAAAGGUUGAGUUUCCAGAAGCACGGAUCUACGAGGAGACACUAAAUGCCCUGCUUUAUGAGACUCUCCCAGUCCCAGAUAACUCCCUGUUGGAGGCCACCCGCAGACGGAACAAUUGUUGCUCACACAGUGAAGAGGAGGAGGCCGUGGAGCUGAGGGAGCGCGUGCGUCGCAUCCACAUUAAAAGAUACAGCACUUAUGAUGACAGACCGCUUGGACAUUAGCCUAACUGUGAAUUGAGGCUUCCAAGACACUAUAUAUCCUCAGUUUUCACAUUGUCUGUGGAGAACACUAAACUACCAGCACCCUUUAACCACUUUGUAAUUUGCUGCCGGUACAGAUUGCUGCUUUCCUUUUUGUUUUGUAGGGGGAUUGACAAUCAGUGUUUUGAAUGAAAUCUGUCUUGAACAUUAAUGUGAACGGAACACAAAAAGGUUGAUCUUGAAUUGGCAUCAAUUCCUGUAUUUUAAUUUAUUGUUAUUUUAUGAGGAAAACACUAUCUCUUUAAAUAGUAAUUACUAAUCUAAUCAUAGAAUGUUUUUAUAACAUCUUGCCAAGAUAAAUCUGCCAAAUACAGUACAUCACUCUGUUUCUGCUAACCAUACAGGAUGAUAUAUUCUGUUACAAUCUUGCCUUAUGCCUACGUUAAUCAUCCAUACUGUUAUUUAAGAUGAUUAAUAUAGGAAAUGGAUUUGAAAACAAAUUAUAUAUAUAUGGACUUGGGGUGUUGCAUAUGGGGAAAUUAGGUUGUAGUGUUUGAUUUAUUUUGGUCUAGUGUGAUAAGAAAUGUGCUUUUAAUGCCUAAAGAAUGAAUGAAUGUGCCCUAGAAG